AUGCCUAAGAGAACCGUUGCAGGAGAGGUGAGUCUGGGCGGGUUUCUUCGCGUGCGAAAGUGGGAGUUUUUCAGGUUUGGAUGGUCACGCUUCGGCCCGCGGGCCACAGACCGCUGUAACCGGGUUUUCCUCACUUCGUGUCAGCUCUAUGGGGAGUACAGGGAGCAGCUGGGCAGUUUUGCCCGGAGAGAAGCUACUCGCCUUCUGAGAGAGAGACAGUGGAGGAGGCACGCCGGUGACGCCAAGGCGACAAAACGAGCCCACGCCCAACAACACCAGCCCCACGUCACCUUGGAAACUGGCCCCGCCUCCUCAGGGUUCAGCCACACUUCCUCUGUAAAGAAACCUCGCUCCUACUCGAAAUGCCAAGACUGUAUAGCGCGGAUACAGAGGUAUAUAGUGACCAAACUGGGAGAGGACUGGAUCUUUCUGGUUUUACUGGGACUGACCAUGGCUCUAGUCAGCUGGACUAUGGACUACGCCAGUGCCAAGAGUCUCCAAGCGUAUAAGUGGAUGUAUGGGGAGUUGAAAGGGAAUGUGGCGCUGCAGUAUCUGGCCUGGAUCACGUAUCCCAUAAUCCUCGUUGUGUUUGCCUCCCUCUUCUGCCACCUAGUCGCACCUCAGGCCAUUGGCUCUGGGAUCCCUGAGUUGAAGACUAUCCUCAGAGGGGUGGUACUGAAGGAGUAUCUCACGCUCAAGGCCUUUGUGGCCAAAGUCAUCGGCCUGACGGCAGGACUGGGCAGCGGGAUGCCCGUGGGGAAGGAGGGUCCUUUCGUUCAUAUUGCUAGUAUCUGCGCUGCCGUGCUGAGCAGAGUCAUGUCAAUAUUCACCGGCGUUUAUGAGAACUCUUAUGGUUAUACAGACAUACUGACCGUGGGCUGUGCAGUGGGAGUGGGCUGUUGUUUUGGCACUCCUCUAGGAGGGGUGUUAUUCAGUAUUGAGGUCACGUCCACCUACUUUGCUGUAAGGAAUUACUGGAGAGGAUAUUUUGCUGCUACCUUCAGUGCCUUCAUAUUCCGAGUCCUGUCUGUGUGGAAUAAAGACUCUGUUACCAUAACAGCGCUGUUCCGAACCAACUUCCGGAUGGAUUUCCCAUUCGACCUCCAGGAACUUCCCGCCUUUGCCAUUAUUGGGAUAUCGUGCGGGUUCCUUGGGGCGUUCUUUGUCUAUCUGAACCGACAGGUGGUUCUGGUCAUGAGAAGACAGAACGCGCUCACACGUUUCCUUACCAAACACCGGUUGAUCUAUCCCGGCGCCGUUACGUUAAUCAUCGCUACCCUUACUUUCCCUCCUGGUUUCGGCCAGUUUAUGGCUGGAGAGCUGAUGCCAAGGGAGUGUAUAAACUCCCUGUUUGACAACUUUACGUGGACUAAGAUCUGGGGGUCAUCUCCCCCUCCGGGCCUGGGUCGCUCAGCUGCCUGGCUGCACCCCCAAGUCAGCGUCUUCAUCAUACUACUCCUCUUCUUUGUGAUGAAGUUCUGGAUGUCUGCCGUUUCUACGACGAUGCCCAUCCCAUCUGGUGCCUUCAUGCCUGUGUUUAUACUGGGUGCAGCGUUCGGCAGGCUGGUCGGUGAGGUCAUGGCCACUCUUUUCCCAAACGGAAUUCUCUUUGACGGAAUUGUUUACCGGAUCUUACCGGGAGGCUACGCGGUGAUUGGGGCGGCAGCGAUGACGGGCGCUGUCACACACACAGUGUCCACGGCAGUGAUUUGUUUUGAGUUGACUGGUCAGAUAUCUCACAUUCUGCCGAUGAUGGUGGCAGUCAUACUGGCCAACAUGGUGGCACAGGGGCUCCAGCCCUCUCUGUACGACUCCAUUAUACAGGUCAAAAAACUGCCCUACCUACCUGAACUGGGCUUCGGACAUAUCAGUAAGUAUAAUAUCUUUGUGGAGGACAUCAUGGUGAGAAAAGUGAAGUUCCUGUCUCCUCAGUCCACAUACAGAGAACUCUGCCGCUUACUGCAAACCACUACACUCAAAACCAUCCCUCUGGUCGACUCCAAAGAGUCAAUGAUUCUACUGGGCUCCAUUGAGAGAUGUGAGCUCCAGGCUGCAUACGAUUGGUGGCUUUCGGCAGAGAGGCGGGUCUACAACCAAGGUCAAGAACCCCACAGCCCAGGGUCAAAGGUCAGCUGGGAAUCUUUCACCUUUGUGGAUGAGGAGGGGAGGAGACCAAAACAGAAGAAAGGUGAGAGGAGAGAGGGGAAGAGUAACACUGUUCCUGAUGAACCAAACGGACCCCUCCCUCUCUCUAAAAUGACAGAGCCCUCAACCAAUCACGGGGCUUCAGAUGAGGGAGUUUUCCAGUCUGUGAGAAAAGCUUUUCGUCGCCUCUUCUCUUCCUCCUCUUCCUCCUCAGGACAGACUGACUCUCAGGAGCCGCCGCCCCCUCAGCUAACAGACUCAAUGACAGCAGAGGAGAUCAAAGCCUGGGAAGAAGAGGAGCUGGACAAGCCAAUCGACAUGGAUCAAAUCCGAAUAGACCCCUCCCCCUUUCAGCUGGUGGAAAGAACCUCAUUGCAUAAAACACACACUCUCUUCUCUCUGCUGGGGCUAAGCCACGCCUACGUCACCAGUAUUGGUAAACUGGUGGGAGUGGUUGCACUCAAGGAGCUCCAGAAAGCGAUCGAGGGCUCAACCCGUAGCGGUGUGCGACUGCGCCCCCCUCUGGCCAGUUUCAGAGACGCCAGCCGCAAAGCCAAAAAGCCCCCCCACACCCCGUCCACCCCCUCCUCGCCCACGCGGGACAGGGACAUGUGGAGCGAGGGAGGGAAAAGGGACACGAAAGACGAAUCCGGGAAAAGCUCCGCCCCCGCCACCGGGACGGGCGGUACCGUCGCCGUCGGCGACGACGACGGCAGGAACGCCAUGCGGCGCCCUCAGGAGCCCCUCUCCUCCAACACCUCCAUCCCUCUCACAUCCCUCCAUCCCGUUCAGGAGCAGGACACGAACGGAGAGAGCGAUGAAGAACCGAUCUAG